AUGACAACAAUGACAGCCAUGAUAGGAGGCCAUUUUUGUGCAAUCUUCAUGCUAAUAGCGGGAUUGGACCUCGUUCUGAGCGAUGUGCACGAGUAUCGUCUGGUACGAGAUUUGCUUAGAAAUUACGAGAAGCGGAUUAUGCCAUCCCAAAAUAGUUCCAAACCUUUAAAUGUGAAGUUUGGUGUGGCGCUGGCCCAAAUUAUAGACGUGGACGAGAAGAAUCAAAUUAUUACUACCAACUGUUGGCUGAAUUUGGGAUGGCUCGAUUACAUGCUGAAAUGGGACCCAAAGAAAUAUAACAAUAUUGACGUUGUCAGGAUACCUUAUUCAGAUGUUUGGAAACCCGACAUAUUAUUGUACAAUAAUGCAGAUGUAGGGUCUUCGCUAUCGUCAGUCAGCACAAAUGUAAUCGUCACUCCGGACGGAAAUGUUACGUGGUUGUCCAUGUGGAUAUUUAAGAGUUCUUGUUCUAUGGAUGUGCGUUACUUUCCAUUCGAUGUCCAGAAUUGCAGUAUGGAAUUUGCUUCUUGGACGUUCGAUAAUAUGAAGCUAAAGAUGGUGAAAAUGGGCGAGAACGGGGACCUAACUAAUUACAUACCUAGUUCUGAAUGGGAGCUUAUAACAUUUAGUUACAACCUACAUCCCGUCAACUUCUCGUGUUGUCCCGUCCCGUAUGACUUCAUGAAGUAUUACAUCGUGCUGAAGAGACGACCUUUGUUUUACUUGUUUAACAUGGUGAUGCCGUGUAUACUCAUCACUCUGGUGGCUCUCCUUGGCUUCUAUAUGCCCUCGGACUCAGGAGAGAAAAUAUCCAUGGGGAUUACCACGUUGCUGUCCAUGACAGUCUUCUUAAUGAUCGUGGCCGAACGACUGCCUCCUGUGUCAGACGUGGUACCCCUCAUAGGUUUGUAUUACGGCAUCACCAUCGCAAUUGUCUCAUUCGCCACCGCGAUGAAUGUAUUCACGUUGAAUAUUCACCACAAAGGCUCCCGAGGGUUUGAGGUUCCCAUGUUACUAAAGAAGGUUUGCUUUGGUGUCUUUGCCCGGAUCCUGUUUAUCAAGCUGGAUCUACCGGAACCUCCACCGGAGCCGGGAAUGGAAAAAGUUCCACAAGGAGAAUACUACAAAUUUGACAAAUUCGAAACAGAAGUUCCUUCUGAAAAUGGUGGUGUUUCCCCACGAUUCACCAGACGCUUGAACGUCGCAAACAGUGAAUAUUGUGAACGACAGUUUGUGCGGGUACUACAAAAAGUGAAUUGGACAAUUGAAAGGAACGAAAUGCGUUUAGCGGACCAAGAUCGAAAAGAUUUCAUAAAAUUGGAGUGGCAGCAGGUGGCGCUAGUAAUAGAUCGGACAUUGCUGGUUUGUUUCCUUAUCCUCUUGUUUGCUGUGACGCUUUCAAUCCUGGUCCCACCUGACGACGAACUCGGGGAUAUUAAGGGUCACUGA